CGAUGACGCGGGAGCAUGAUCCGUCAGCUGAUCAAUAGAGCGUACUUUGUUGGCGGAAACCCGACCAGGAUCCGGCGUCGUCGGUCGCCGAAGACGGCGCGCGUGCCCGCCUGUCGACGCAAAUAUAGAUAGUCUCUGAUUCGGUAUUCAAAUUUGUCGAGCGAUUUCGGCCCGAAUCGAAUCGAAUUGUCCGCCGGAAUAUUCCGAUUCCCAUCGAACCGCAACCAGCGCGCGCAUUCAUCUGCAACGACUGAGAAAAAUGAAAAUCGAUUCCACACUACGUCGCGCCUCACAUCAACUGUGGAGGCGCUGUCGAUUCCGUCGUUUUGCGGCUUUAAGAUUCCUUCAUCCGACUUUUUGCCAGCACGCCAUUGUGACCCACCUUCGUGUCAAGGAGCAAGUCAUCGUCUUGCCUUUCGCUGCGCCUUUUUUCAGCUCUCUGUUUGUCGGACUGGGUGUUUGAAUGCGGAUGGGGAGAGGUAUGAGAGUUGUGGGAUGGGCUUCGUUGGCUGCUUUGGCGUUGGUUGCGAGCUUGGUCGAGCGAGUGAGGUCACAUGGUGACCAGCCUCUGGCUAGGAUCGCCGUUCACGAGACGGUCUUUGCUCUUGAUGGAAGAGCGAGCAUCAAGGCGUCUCCUUCAGUUCUCGGAGCAACGGGGCAAAAUACGGAGUGGUUAUCAUUGGAGUAUGGCUCUCCGAACCCAUCGGUUGAUGACUGGAUUGGAGUAUUUUCUCCUGCGAAUUUCAGUGCUUCCACCUGUUCACCUGAAAAUCCGAAAGUUCUUCCGCCUGAUCUAUGUUCAGCACCGAUCAAGUAUCAAUAUGCGAAUUACUCAAGCCCUGCAUAUAUAAGUACGGGAAAAGGGUCCCUAAAGUUUCAGUUGAUCAACCAGAGAUCAGAUUUUUCAUUCGCACUUUUUUCUGGUGGUAUAUUAAAUCCAAAACUGGUUGCAGUAUCAAAUGCGGUUGCAUUUGCAAAUCCAAAGGCUCCAGUUUAUCCUCGCCUAGCUCAAGGAAAAGAAUGGAAUGAAAUGACUGUAACAUGGACAAGUGGAUAUGGAAUAGCUGAAGCAGAGCCAUUUGUUGAGUGGGGUCCUCAAAGUGGAGGAAAAAUGCGUUCUCCGGCUGGAACAUUGACCUUUGACCGUAGUAGCAUGUGUGGAGCACCUGCAAGGACAGUAGGAUGGCGUGAUCCGGGAUUCAUCCACACCAGUUUCUUGAAAGAAUUAUGGCCCAACUCUGUGUAUUAUUACCAGUUGGGGCAUAGGCUAUUGAAUGGUAGUUAUAUUUGGAGCCAGAAAUACCGCUUCAGAGCAUCUCCAUAUCCUGGUCAAAGUAGCUUGCAACGCGUUGUCAUUUUUGGGGACAUGGGAAAGGACGAAGCAGAUGGCUCAAAUGAGUACAACAAUUUCCAGCGUGGCUCUCUUAAUACCACCUAUCAGCUUGUUAAGGACUUGAAGAACAUUGAUAUAGUGUUUCACAUUGGAGAUAUAUGCUAUGCAAAUGGAUAUAUUUCGCAGUGGGAUCAGUUUACAGCGCAGGUUGAGCCAAUUGCCUCAAGUGUUCCUUACAUGAUUGCGAGUGGUAAUCAUGAACGAGAUUGGCCUGGAACUGGAUCCUUUUAUGAAAAUACAGACUCAGGAGGUGAAUGUGGUGUCUUGGCCGAAACAAUGUUUUAUGUUCCUGCAGAGAACGGGGCUAAGUUUUGGUACUCCACUGAUUAUGGCAUGUUCAGAUUCUGCAUUGCUGAUACAGAACAUGACUGGAGGGAGGGAACAGAGCAAUACGAGUUCAUUGAGCACUGUCUAGCAUCUGUUGAUAGACAAAAACAACCAUGGCUGAUUUUCCUUGCACAUCGGGUUUUGGGUUAUUCAUCUGCUGACUUUUAUGCUGUGGAAGGAUCGUUUGAAGAACCAAUGGGCAGGGAGAGCCUUCAAAAACUUUGGCAGAAGUACAAGGUUGACAUUGCCGUCUAUGGCCAUGUUCAUAAUUAUGAAAGGACUUGUCCUAUUUACCAGAAUGUCUGCACAAAUGAAGAGAAAAACUACUACAAAGGAACCCUGAAUGGAACUAUACAUGUCGUGGCUGGUGGUGGUGGAGCAAGCCUUGCGGAGUUCACUACUCUCCGAACAAAAUGGAGCUUGUUCAGAGACUAUGAUUACGGGUUCGUAAAGCUAACUGCAUUCGAUCAUUCGAACCUAUUAUUCGAGUACAAGAAGAGCAGCGAUGGGAAAGUUUACGACUCUUUCAGAAUCAGUAGGGAUUACAGAGACAUCUUGGCUUGCACAGUUGAUAGUUGUCCAAGCACAACACUGGCAUCGUAACUCAGAAACGUAAGGCAGAUGGAUAGCCAAAUGGCUAUCGGAGUUUGUCAUCCUUGUAUCACGAGGUUUUGUGCUGCGCAACUUCUUCUCCUCCUGUUUAUUUCUGUAAAGCAUCACAUAAAGCCUUAUAUUUUCCUCUCUGACGUUGUUUCUCUAGGCUGUUGCACCGUCCGUGUUGAUAUAUCGACUCCGAAAUCAGUAGGAUAAUGUCAAUGAUGCGUGUCUACUACAAAGUCAUACCCAAAUGGUGAUAUCUUGACCCUAUUAAUACAGGCUGGGACCUGCCCAA